GGGUGAGAGAGGGAGGGAGAGCACUCCGAGGAGUCUGUUUGCGGAGAGCGGAUAACCUGAGAGGGAAGUUUGUGUGUGUGUGUGAGAGUGUGUGAGUGAGUGUCUGUAUGAAGGCGUAGAAAUAGUUUUGGGAAGUAAACACGCGAGACAUCUGAGAAGGAUUAGAGUAAAUUUGCACCUUUCACAAAAGACGUCGAGAGAAAGUGGAAGGAAGAGAAACAGACCCAGAAGAUGGAUUACAAAGUGACUGUGGCGACAGGUACCUCUGAGUACUCUGGCACUAACAACUACAUAUACAUCACUCUGAUUGGAGAAAAAGGAGAGAGCAACAAGACUACUCUCGAUAACCCCGGGUUGGACUUCUGUCGCGGCGCCGUGGACCAAUACACCGUCACGACUGCGGCUUCCCUCGGGCAGUUGCGCCUGGUGCGCCUGGAGAAGCAGCGGUAUUUCGUCGAGGACAAUUGGUUCUGUCGUUAUGUAACCGUAGAGGCUCCGGAGGGGGGAGACGCGCUGAUCUUCCCCUGCUACCGCUGGCUUGUGGGGGACGUGAAAGUGGAGCUCCGUGAAGGCACAGCUAAGAAGCUGACAGACGACUCUUUGCCCCAAAUGUUAACUCAGAGAAAAGCGGAACUCCAGGAGAGACAGAAGACAUACAGAUGGCAGGUGUGGGCCAAAGGGAUUCCGAAAUGCAUCGAUGCAAAAUCAGAGGCCGAUCUUCCCCAGGAUGUUCGAUUUGACAACGAGAAGCGUAGUGACUUUGAGGGAUCGCUGCAUUAUGCGCUUCUUGAAUUGUCACUGAAGAAGCUGGCUAUUAAAUUUGGAAAGUCUUGGAGUGACCUUGAUGAUUUCAAGCGCAUAUUUUGGAAGCUGAGGAGUCCCAUAGCCGAGUACACCAUGGAGCACUGGAGGGAGGACUGGUUCUUUGGGUAUCAGUUCUUGAAUGGAUCCAAUCCAAGAAUGAUAACGCGGAUCCGGGAGUUACCCUCUAACUUCCGUGUCACUGGAGAUAUGGUGCAGGCCUCUCUGAAACCCAACACGUCGCUGGAGAAAGAGAUGAAGGCAGGUAAUAUCUAUCUGGUGGACUAUGCUAUAAUGGACGGCAUCCCUACAAACGUUAUCCGGAACCAACGGCAGCACAUAGCGGCCCCUCUGUGCCUUGUGUAUGAACACCCGGAGAACCGCCUUAUCCCCAUCGCCAUCCAGCUUGAGCAGAAGCCGCGCAGACACACUCCCGUCUUCCUGCCCAGCGACCCCCCGCUGGCCUGGCUGUUGGCAAAGAUGUGGGUCCGCCAUGCAGAAUUCCAGAUUUUCCAGGUGUUGUCCCACUUGCUGCGGACGCACCUGGUGGUGGAGGUAUUUUCCGUUGCUACGUUGAGGCAACUUCCUGCUGUCCACCCUCUGUUCAAGCUGUUGACUCCUCAUUUGAGAUACACUUUGGAAAUCAACUGCCGAGGCCGCACCCAACUUAUCUCAGCAGAUGGAAUCUUCAAGCGGGUGGUGUCAACAGGGGGAGACGGCUUACUGGUAUUGGCCCAGCGAGAGUACAAAGUUCUCACCUACCGCUCACUACAGCCUAUGUGUGACUUUGAGGACCGAGGUGUGACCAAGCUGAAAGACUACUUCUACAGAGACCACAGCCUGAUGAUCUGGGAUGCUAUUCAAAAUUAUGUCACAGAGAUGGUUUCUUUGUACUACCCAAAUGACCAUGACGUUGUAGAGGAUUCAGAACUGCAGGCCUGGAUAAAGGAUGUAGCUGAGGAGGGCUUUGUAAACGUCCCCCAGUUUGGGUUAUCCUCCGAGCUGAAGACCAAAAAAGAGUUGGUCACUCUGCUCUCAGUGGUCAUCUUCACCAGCACAGCACAACAUGCCGCUACCAACAAUGGCCAGUUUGACUGGUGUGCCUGGGUCCCUAACACCCCCUGUACGAUGCGAAGCCCAGCACCGGAGGACAAGGAUGCUGUUACCAUGGAGUUGAUCAUGGACACCCUGCCCGACAUCAGUCAGUCUUGUGUGGAAAUGGCCAUCACGUGGCACCUUGGUCGAGCACAGCCUGAUGCAAUUCAAAUGGGUCAAUAUGUGGAAGAGUACUUUACCGAAUCCAAAGCCAAGGAGCUCAUCAAAAACUUUCAGGAAGAUCUUAAAGUCAUCGAGAAGAAGAUCAUUGAACAAAACGAAGGGUUGGAACUGCCAUAUCUCUACCUCUGCCCUAGCCAUAUUGAGAACAGCAUCACAAUAUAGACAUACUAGGGCACAUAGCUAUCAGAUGAUUUGGUCUCUUCCACUCUAAUCUGAGGCAAAAGGUCUAUGACAUCUCCUGUUUAUCUAAAUUAUCUCUAAAGUUAGAGUAUGUAGCCUCUAGUGGCGAGGUUGCUGAAUUGCAGCUAACUGAAUACCACGUCGUAUCCAAACCUGUUGGUAAAACCGUUGUCCCUCAAGUGGUGGAAAAAUCGUUUUGAACUACAAUUUAUAUGUACAGGAAAUUGCACACUAAUGAAAUCAUAGUUUUGAAUACCGAUACUACUAUAUUCCAUUUCUGAUCAUAGAUUGCCUUUGCUGUCUUCUAAUAGGUCCUUCUUUGUAGCUUUAACAUUCAUGAAUAUUAAACAUCAAAUAAAUCUUUUGAGUUUUAGAACAUACACACAACUAUGAAAAACUCAGAACAAUUAUUGUAAAUCAAAUUGAUGUACGGUCUUACGUUUAAGGGAUGAGGGGUAGGUGUGGUUAUUAAUGAUCUCUUGAUUCUCUCAGAGCCUGGUCAAUUGACUUUUAACUUUUUUUGUGCUGGAUAAGUGUAACAAGGUCCAGAUUGCAUUUACAUACAUUUUGAAUUAAUAUAUAUCAGUCAGAUAGUUUAAAGGCAUAUUAUACUAUUCUGGUCAGUACUUCUGUCUAGGCAAUAUAUUUACUUUCCUUAACUUCUCUGCAGCUGUUUUGUUUUAAUUUGCAUUUAGUUAUUUGUGUUUUUAUUUGUUUUGUAGUCAUUAUUUUAUAUUUAUUUAAUCUCAAGUAUGUUUAUUACGUUUUGUCUUAAUUGCUUUUUCUGUUUGUUUUACCAUAUGUCCAUCUUUUGCUGAAUCUAUGCCCACUCACGGUAUUGCUGUAAAUUAGUGGAAUGCUCAGUCAAUUCAAUAAAUAGUAACAAUGA